AUGGAUCUCAAAGAGUUUAAGUUGUUCAUUGCAAAGUUGAUUGAAGGCAGUUGCGAUAAUGUAUAUUACUGCACUAGAAAUGAACCAUUGGCAGAGGGUAUUAAGAGAAUUAGGAAUGAUGCUGACUACUUUGAGUUUAUUGAAACGGGUUAUAGUGAUGAAGUAGAAGAUGAUGAAGGGCAUUAUUCUGAGGAAGACCCGAAUGAUGAUAAUGAUUCACAACUUUUUGAUGAUAUUCCAUAUGAGCAUGAAGCAGAUGAUUACAUUCCUUCUCUUGACAAGACUAUUGGUGAUGAAUUCUUACAUCGGGUGUCAGGUAUGUGUAAGGAUAUAAAUGAUGAGGUUGAAACCAAGAAUGGGGAUGACAAACCAGUGUACCCUGUCCAUAAUGAGAACCAUAAAUGGGACAAGAUGGUGCCAGUUCUAGGGGCGGCCUCUGCGCUGUUCCUUCUCGACAUCAAAGGCCGUGUUCUUGUAUGGCGUGACUACCGUGGCGAUGUCUCCGCAGUUCAGGCCGAGCGUUUCUUUUCUAAACUGAUAGAAAAAGAGGGUGAACCAGAUGCUCAAGAUCCUGUUGUGUAUGAUAAUGGCGUCACCUAUAUGUUCGUACAACACAACAAUGUAUAUCUAAUGACUGCAUCCAGGCAGAACUGUAAUGCAGCUAGCCUUCUCCUCUUUCUACACCGUGUAGUUGAUGUAUUUAAGCAUUACUUUGAGGAGCUAGAGGAGGAAUCACUUAGAGAUAACUUUGUUGUUGUGUAUGAGUUGCUUGAUGAAAUGAUGGACUUUGGUUACCCUCAAUACACUGAAGCUAAAAUUCUGAGUGAGUUUAUCAAGACAGAUGCUUACAGGAUGGAAGUUUCACAGAGGCCUCCAAUGGCUGUCACAAAUGCUGUCUCAUGGCGUAGUGAAGGGAUACGAUACAAAAAGAAUGAGGUGUUUUUGGAUGUUGUGGAGAGUGUGAAUAUACUUGUCAACAGCAAUGGUCAAAUCGUAAGGUCAGAGGUUGUUGGGGCAUUGAAGAUGCGAACUUAUUUGAGUGGUAUGCCAGAGUGUAAGCUUGGUUUGAAUGAUAGAGUAUUAUUGGAGGCACAAGGAAGAUCCACAAAAGGAAAAGCUAUCGACUUGGAUGACAUCAAGUUUCAUCAGUGUGUUCGGUUGGCUCGUUUUGAAAAUGAUCGCACAAUUUCAUUUGUGCCCCCUGAUGGAGCUUUUGACCUCAUGACAUAUCGACUCAGUACUCAGGUAAAGCCUCUGAUAUGGGUGGAAGCUCAAAUCGAAAGGCAUUCAAGAAGUCGUAUGGAAAUAACAAUCAAAGCCCGCAGCCAGUUUAAGGAGAGGAGCACUGCAACAAAUGUUGAAAUUGAAUUUCCAGUGCCUGCGGAUGCCACUAAUCCAAAUGUACGGACAUCCAUGGGAUCAGCUGCAUAUGCACCAGAAAACGAUGCCCUUUGCUGGAAAAUUAAAUCAUUUCCAGGUGGCAAGGAAUACAUGUUGAGAGCGGAAUUCAGACUUCCAAGUAUAACAGCUGAAGAAGCAGCCCCUGAGAGAAAAGCUCCUAUUCGUGUGAAGUUUGAGAUACCAUAUUUCACAGUUUCAGGAAUACAGGUGCGUUAUCUAAAGAUCAUUGAGAAAAGUGGGUAUCAGGCUCUACCAUGGGUGAGAUAUAUAACAAUGGCUGGAGAAUAUGAACUAAGACUUGUGUGAAAAAAGCUCUUAUUAUUAUUAUUUCAACAAACUGUUUUUGUAUUCAAGUCCCAAUUAUUAUCUUCGGAUAUUAUUAUAAUAUCAUUUGUUUGUUGAACGAAAGUUCACUCCCCCAGCCUCCAUUUUUUUUUUCUUCUUUUUGUACUUGUAGAAAGAUGUUUGUUAUUUUUACCUACAAAACAUUAAAUUUUUCCAUGCACUUUUGAAAUAUAAUAUUCAUCUUUUGUUCUACAAGUCCACAAUAGAAAUCUUCGCAUUUUGCAAAAUGAGUGUCAUAUAUUAUGAAAAACAAAA